CUAGGUGGCUGCCCCUGCGAGGGUGACGGGUGUAGGAGCCGGAGGCAAAUCCAACGCUGGGUUACACCCCCUCCUUGCAGAAUCCCUCUGCCCAGUUUAGCCUGACCCUCACACUGCAGGCAGGGAACUCACAAGGAGCUCCAGGCUGCCACCAUGACCACCAUGUCUUACCAGAAGGAGUUGGAGAAGUACAGGGACAUUGACGAAGAUGCGAUCAUGCGGGGAAUGUCGGUGGAAGAGUUGGCUCAGCUGGAUUUGGAGCUACAAGAGAUGGACCCAGAGAACAUCCUCCUUCCAGCUGGGCUUCGGCAGAAAGACCAAACCAAGAAAAGCCCUACCGGGCCCCUAGACAGAGAUGCUUUAUUACAGCACCUGGAGAAGGAGGCCAUUGAGUUCAAGGAGAGAGAGGACCUCGUACCAUUCACCGGAGAGAAGAAAGGGAAGCCAUUUAUCCCAAAGCAGGGAAAGCGAGAGAUCCCAAAAGAGGAGCAGAUCACGCUGGAGCCGGAGCUGGAGGAGGCGCUUGCCAACGCCACUGACGCAGAGAUGUGCGACAUUGCAGCCAUUCUGGGAAUGUACACUCUGAUGAGUAACAAGCAGUACUAUGACGCCAUAACGACUGGGAUCAUUACAAACAAGGAGGGCAUCAACAGUGUGGUUAAGCCGGAUACGUACAAACCGGUCCCCGAUGAACCUCCAAACCCCACGAACGUGGAGGAAACCCUGCAAAAAAUCAAAAGCAAUGCUGCAGAUCUGGAAGAAGUUAAUCUCAAUAAUAUCAAGGUCAUUCCUAUCCCUACAUUAAAGGAGAUUUGUGAAGCCAUGAAAACAAACACUCGUGUGAAGAAGCUGAGUUUAGUGGCUACUCGGAGCAAUGACCCCGUGGCCCAUGUGGUGGCUGAAAUGCUGAAGGAGAAUAAAACUUUGCAGAGUCUGAACAUCGAGUCCAACUUUAUCUCCAGCGCUGGGAUGUUGUCUGUAAUCCAGGCCAUGAGAAGUAACAGCACGCUGUCUGAGCUCCGGGUGGACAACCAGCACCAGAACCUGGGAGAUACGGUAGAGAUGGAGAUGGCCUCCAUGCUGGAGAAUUGUCCUUCCAUCAUACGCUUCGGGUAUCACUUCAUGCGGCAGGGCCCGAGGGCCCGUGCAUCCACAGCCAUCACCAGGAAUCUGGAAUUGCAUCGCAAACAGAAGAAAGUGUGAAGAGUCCUCCAUGCAGCGAAUCGGAAGCCCCGGACCUCUCGAGGCCUCCACCAGGCCUGUUUUUUAGCGUUUGCAUCAUCCUGUCCUGUUUUGUAACUCUCUGCCUUCUGCCGUACGUGACGCCAUGUUCCCCCCCAUACUUUGGGGACACGUCCCUAUUUCUCUUGUGUCUCUUGUCUGCCUCUUUCCCCAGGAAUAUUCUAGAAGUGAAGUUAUCACUGCCGUGGCUUAAUGCCCCUCUCUUUUCUUUUGGAGAGAGUGAAGUCCGACCCAUCGUGUCGUCCCGUCUCGCUUUUCGUAACAUGAGGACAUCUUUCUAAUUGACUAUACAGGGAAGGAGGAGGGGUAACCGUGGGGUGGAAUAAAAGAGCUGAUGUUCUUAAAUGAUGUAAAUAAAGUGACUUUGACCUGUUCA